AUUGUGGGAAGGAAUGUGGGAGGAGGUGCCAGCUAUCGUCGAGGCCGAACCUCUGCCAUCGAGCAUGUGGAACCUGCUGCAAGAGAUGCAACUGUGUUCCACCAGGUACCGCCGGCAACCAGGAUGUGUGUCCCUGCUAUGCCAAAAUGACUACCCACGGCGGCCGGAAAAAGUGCCCUUAAAGCUUCGGUUCCUUAGUUAGAAGUGCCACCGCUCAUGAUUAAAGAAAGUUAUUUACGAUGAAGUAUAUAAAAUUCGUGUGGUUGUUUUAUCUCUUUUCCUCCUUUACAUAGAUACGAUGAAUGGUACGGGUAAAAACUUUUUUAAUGAAAUGAAUUCGGUUUAUCCUUAA